CAGAGAAAGAAACCAAAGUAGAAACUAACUUGCAAAGAAUCACUAUACUACUUCUAAGCGAGAACACACAGAAACAUUGUGAAGAAGAAGAAGAAGAAGAUGAUGCAGUCCCGAUUAUUAGCGUUUGCUUCAGCGGCGCGUUCCCGCGUCCGACCAGUCGCUCAAAGUCGUUUAGCGUUUGGAUCUUCAACGUCCGGCCGAGCUGCUGAUCCGGAGCUUCAUUCCGGAAACGAUGGAGCUGAUCCAGCUGUUUAUCCGAGAGACCCCGAAGGUAUGGAUGACGUGGCGAACCCUAAGACGGCGGCAGAAGAAAUCGUCGACGAACAACCACGGUCAAGUUUAGAACAACAACCGCUUAACCCGCCAAAAUCUCCACGCGCCACCGCGCACAAGCUAGAGAGCACUCCAGUGGGUCGUCCUUCCGAGCCUAAUUUCCAACAGAAGCGGAGAAGAAGCACCGAGGCCUCUCCACCUUCACUUGAUUGUGCGAGCUGCGUCAGCUUAGACGAGGGAGAAGAGGAGGAGCGAAGGCGGAGAGAGAACGAAACAGAGAGCGACAAAGAGUAUUACGCACACCACAAAGCGUCUCCGUUAUCCGAGAUCGAGUUUGCAGAUACUAGGAAGCCAAUCACGCAAGCUACGGAUGGAACGGCGUAUGCGGCGGGAAAAGAUGUGAUCGGAUGGUUGCCGGAGCAGCUUGACACGGCGGAGGAAGCUUUACAGAGAGCUACAAUGAUAUUCAAACGUAACGCAGAGCGCGGGGAUCCUGAAACGUUUCCUCAUUCUAGAAUCUUGAGAGAAAUGAGAGGCGAAUGGUUCUAAACUAAAUAAUAAUAAAUGUUUUGUCUGAAUAAACUUGUCAUGUUUCUCUGAA